CCGUGUCGCCCGUUCACCUGGCGGUGACACGCGAAGUUGCUGGUUACUUUGUGACGGGCCACAACCGCUGGCGCGGCGUUGCCGGGGCAACUCGGUCGGCGUUGCGGAAUUCCCGCCGGCUCAUUGCACUUCAACCCUCAAGCGGUUCUGGAUAACUAAACCCAACGUACAUGCCCACACACCCCACGGAAACUCACCAGGUGAUGCGGGAGGUGCUCCGGAACCGACGUUUUAGUCAGUCCGUGAGAAGAUGGGCUUAUGCUCGUCUAAAGUCUCGCACAAGGUGAUCAAGGUGACGCCGGUGCCCCCAAACGAGACGGGAGGUUUGGACCAAUUACCCGGCGGGGCGGACGGGGAGCGUCUGAAACACGGCGAGCCGCUGGAAAUUUCAAAGCCGAGGAGAAGCGACCUUCCUCCGCUGAAGGAGAGGCACGUUGCCGGCGUGCUGCCCAGCCACCAACAAGUACCCACGGCCAUCUCGUUUGAUAUUAAUCCGGUCGACGGGGAAACCAGUAUAAUAAAAAAACACCCUCCUCGCAGAUUUCAGGGGCUUGAACCCAUUAAUAGUUGCACAGUGAUCACAUCAGAGAAACUUCUGGAAAAACGAGCAGCAAAUGCACGCAAAGUACAGCAGGCACAAGAAAUACAAGCAGAAAUUGCAAAGCAAUUUUCCAGGCGAAGACAACAAAUCGAGAAGAUGCAGUAUGAAAAGAUAAGGCAGGAAGAGAUAAUUCGUCGACAUGAUCAAGCAGAACUAAUGAUAAAUUGCCAAAAGGAAACUCAAAAAUAAUAAACAGAAAAGAAAGGGUCAGAGAGCCAAUAUAUCAAGAGGAAAUGGUCAAACUAAUGAUCAUCAAGAAGAUCAACACCACAUUGCAACAGAACUUAAGGACAUUUUCAGUGCAGAUUAUGGAAAGUAAAGUAUUCCUGUGGAUAGAAUGCAAAGAAACUAAUAAAUUGCUACUUGGUCAUAUGAUCAUAUCAAAAUGAACUUGGUUAAUGUGUACUUGGAUAUACAUAGAAUCUUAACAGCAUCAGAGUAUUUCACCAAUGUAUUUUAGAUAGUGUUGUUAAUUUUCUACCCAUUCCCACUCAAAAUUGGACAGCAUAGGUAAUUUUUUUUUUAGAGGAUUUACAUUGUAGAAAUCAUCCAUUUUGCAGGAAUGCACAAAGCAUAUUUUCAUGUUUAUACAUAUUUGCUGGCUUGGACUGAUAUUAUUCUCCCUCUCCAAGCACAAACAACUGAAAUGUAGCUAAAGUCAUAUAAAUAACCAUGUUCAAAUUAAUUUGCAAUGAAUGUGUUAAAUGUAAAUAGAUAGUCAUCCUCAUGAGAGAAUGACGGAAGCUGUUGCUAAAAUAUUUCUAGUUCUAUUAAAUGUUAGUUUAAAAUAAGUAUAAAUAAUUUAAAAAAUGGUAAUAUGAGGGAAAAAUCAAUUAUUACUUGGGUUUUCUUUAUUAAAAAUUACUAGUCUUUCUCCAAAUAGAACUUUUGCUUUGGAAUCAGAUGGGUAAUCAUGCAAUAUAACCAGAGGCAUAAUGACAAAUAUUGGACUAAGUUGAUUAGACUAGUGCUGAAGGUAGUUCAUGAUGUGGGCGUUAGUCAAGACAGCAAAAUAUGUGAAAAUUACUGUUUGAACAUAGUGUAAGAUGUUGAAGAACUAGAGAGGAGAAAUUACUGUACCUGAGACCAUUUGCCCAGUUGGACGUAUAUUAAUGUUAGUUCUUCAGUUGGAGCCACCUACAGUAACCCACUGUUUCUCAAGAGUUGAUCGUUUUAAUUUUUAAUGUUAUUCAAUCCUCUUUAACUCCUUUCGCAGCUGCGGAAAUAAAGUAUUUCAAAAGUUCAAAGUAAAUUUAUUAUCAAAAUACUUGUAUGCUACCAUAUGUAACCCCGAGAUUUGUUUUCUUGCGGGCAUACUCAGUGAAUCAAUGAAAGACCGUACCCAACAGGGCGGAACAACAACCAAUGUGCGAAAGAGAACAAACUGUGCAAAUAAAAAAGAGGAAAAAAAGCAAUAAAUAUCAAGAACAUGAGAUGAAGAGACCUUGAAAGUGAUUCCAUUGGUUGAGAGAAUAGUUCAAUGAUGGGGCAUGUGAAGUUGGAUGAAGUUUUCCCCAUUGGUUCAAGAGCCUGAUGGUUGUGGAGUAAUAACUGUUCCUGAACCUGGUAGUGAGUCCUGAAGCUCCUAUACCUUCAUCCCGAUGGCAGCAGCGAGAAGAGAUCAUGACCUAGGUGGUCCUAAUAUACCUUUGCAGAAAUAAGUUCUUUCCAAUUCUGAAAACGAAUCAAAAUAUUUGGCCCUUCUGUGAAUCUUAUUUAUAAUUCUGGUAAAUGAUGAUGAAAGACCAUGGGCUAGAUUGAGAUCUAUAAAUCUGGGCUCAGCCUUUCCCUUGUUGCUCAUUCUUCAAAACUCCUCAUUAAAUGCUCCUCAUAUGUUAACCCAUUCAUUCCUGGGAUCAUUUUCCUAAACCAUUGGACUCUCUCUAAUGUUAGUACCUCCCUUCUUAGAUAUGGGGCCCAAAAUUGCUCACAAUAUUCCAAACGUGGUCUGACCAAAGCCUCCACAUUAUAUUCUUGUGUUUAUAUUCUAGUCCUCUGGAAAUGAAUGCUAACAUUGCUUUUGCCUUCCUUACUACUGGCAAAUUGAUUCUGCAGGAACCCUGCACAAAGACUGCCAAGUCCCCUUGUACUUCUGAUUUCUGAAUUUUUCCCCAUUUAGAAAAUAGUCUGUGCCUUUAUUUCUUCUACCAAAGUGUAUGACCAUAGACUUCCCUACACUGUAUUCCAUUUGACACUUUUUUUGCCUAUUCUCCUAAUUUGUCCAAGUACUUCUGCAGACUCCUUGCUUCCUCAACACAACCUUCCUCUCCACCUAUCUUCAUAUCAUCUGUAGACUUGGCCACAAUGCUAAGGUGGAAGUAGAAGUUAUUGUCAUUCAAACUGUACACAUGCAUACAGCUAAAUGAAACAACAUUCCUCUGGGAUCAAGGUACAAAACACAAUACAUACAAUAUAUCACAUACAACACAAAUUAAUGUUAACCCAAUAAUAUUGACAGAUAAUAUAAACAAUAUUCUGUAGAUGUACAAAUUGACAUAAAGUGUGUAUACGACAUAUAGUUAAGUACAUUGUACAACAGUAUAAUACUACUGUCGCUGUCAUAAAUAAUGGGUACUGUGUGGUAGCAGGGUGUUCAGAAGUCUCACAGCCUGGGAGAAGAAGCUGUUACCCAGCCUAACAGUCCUCGUUCUUAUACUGUGGUACCUUUUGCCUGACUGUAAUAGGUCAAAUAAAUUGUGUGAUGGAUGGGAGAAGUCCUUAACAAUGCAGUAGGAUUGUGGAGGGGGUGUUUCCAGUCCCACAGAAAAGUUCUGUUUCAUAAACGCACCGUGACCAUGUAUCUGGACUUUAAUUCAUAGGCUCAGUUACAUUAGCUGAUGCUGACAAUGCUAAUGCAAUGUUGUGAGUACCUAAAAAAAGUAGCUGUGAUUGACUUGAUUUUCAUUUUGUUGAUGCAGGCUAUGGAGCAUUUCUCCAACAUAAUGCAACUGGAUAUCUAUAAUCUUCUAUUUAAAGAUUUAGAAGCACCAUUGUAUCACUUUAAAGAAAUAAUAAAGUGGUAAUAUUUUGGAUAAUUAUUUUGUGUUAGGUACUUCAUAGAAUGAUUUGACCUCAUUGAUGUUCUCCAUAACUAAUAACUUCAGCGAUGGUAACCAUAUUAGAUUACCUAAACAAAUUGGUAAGCAUUAGACAGAGGGACAUUUUUAGUAACAGCUCCAGUAACCAGUUCUUGGAUUGCUGGAUGGAUGCCAGUCAAUCUCAGCACAGACGGAUGAGAACUAAGACUGAGUGAAUCCUAAUGUUUGAUGUAGCCCUCAGCAAACUGUGAAUCUCCUGAUUCAUGCCCAGUUUUUGGUUUGGUAUGUUCUUGAAGGCACACACUCAUACACACAGGUCUAACUGUGGAAUAUUUAUUCAGAUUCGAAGGUGAGUCACUGAAUAUUGUUCAGUUUACCAAUUCAAAGCAGUCCUGUAAGCACUCCUCCACCUCCUUUGACCAUACCUUUGUUGUCCUCACCACUGAUGAUACAGGUCAUUAGUCUCUCCCUGUAUGCUGGAGGUAGAAAUACAGCCAGGUGAUUGGACAUGGGAUGGCACAGUGAGCAUUCUUGAUGGUGGUUUAACAGUGGUCAAGUGUGUUGGCUCCUCUGGUUUCACAGGUGAUAUGUUAGUGGUAAUUGGUUGCUGGUUAACUGGUUCUGGUAAAAUUAUCAAUUAAGAGGCAAUAUUAUCAUGAUGUAGAAAAGUUGGUGAUGGCAGUAUACAGUUAGCCAUUUAACCUUCAGUCAUAUGUUACAACUUAAAUAUCUUGGAAGAUAAAUACAUUUUAGGGAAUCUUUGGAAGUUGCAUUGGCAGAUCAAGACUGGAUAUUUCACAGAUAUUUUCCACACCAGAAGAUCUUCUAUCUCAUUGCCAUGGUAAGUCAAGACUAAGUAAAUUGUACAUAUUUCUUAAUUGUACAUAUGAUUUUUUUUUUGUGUUUUAUCACUGAGCAGCAGUGAACCAUCUGACUGGCCUAUCAGAGUUGUCUUUGGGAACUAGUUGACUUGAUCAGCAUUUCUGAUCUGGCUAUUAUUCACAAUUGCACUUAAUAAAAAAAAAUCUAGAAGGCAGCAGUAAUAAGAUGAAAACCAGAUAAGAAUGCAUCACUGCAGAUCAUCAGGAGCAAAAGCACCACAGAACAUGGUGAUUUUGGAUAAAAUGAGCCAGAUGAUGUUGGGCCUAGUCUGAGCCUUGCACUUACAUCUCACAAAGCAUCCAUGGAUGCACUUACCAUUUAUAUUUGCAGGCUUUUGGUGUCUUGCUGGCCUUGCUUCAAUGGUUGUCUGUAAGGCAAAACAAAUCAUAGACAGUCAAAACCAAGGAUUCCAUCCACGGAUUAUCAGAAUAUCUUUCUGAUUGUGUGAAUUGCCUCCAAUGAUCAGACAUAGAAUCAGUUGGAAAGCAAUAAAAGAAUACAUUAUACUUAAGAAAUGCACAAAGCAUAAGUUAUAUUUCAAACUUCUCCAAUCAGGGUAUCCAAAUAAAAAUAAUCUUAAAAUGCCAUAUGGUAAUCAUCAGAAAUUAAAGUUACAAAAUUAAACUGUGGUGGCAUCUAAUUUGAGGAAGGUUGUGAGUUGCUAAACACUGCCAUUAAAGGGCUAUGAGAAAAUGAUUCUAGGAUCAAAGACUCUAAUAUUCUGAGACUUUCCUAUUAUUAGCCAACAAUGCAGACAUCACCAUUGCAAAAGAUAUGUGGGCUCAGUUAAUGUUGAAAACUAAGGAUCGUUACUUUUUUUGAGUGAGCAUAAUCAGAUACAUGUCAACAUUGAUAUGAACUGUGCUGCAAGAAUCAACAUUAUGCAACGGGUUGAAGAAUUAAUUUUCUCUAGCAAAAGGUUAAUUGAGCAGUUUACGUCAAAUACCGGAGUCUAAUUAGUGAAGUCCUCUGAAGGGAGUUUCUAGAAUUUCAGAGGUUAAAAAUAAUAUUGGCAUGACAAUAACAAAGCUGUAAAAGAAUAGUACUAAAGCAUCAACCAACUGGAAAUGUCAAUUAGUGAUCAGCCAGAAAUAGUCAAGGCACCAUUAAAAACUUCUUAAGUACAAAUUGCGUAAAAGGAAUUUGCAGAUUAUAAGUGAGCCAAUAUUAUAUAUAAUAUAUAUAUAUUAAAUAUUGUUUGAUUAUCACCACAAAAAUAUACGUAAUAGGUCUGAUUCUUAUUGAUAGGGUAGUUGGCACUGACAUAUUUAGUUUUCUCCUUGUACAUUGUAACAAUAGUGUUAUUGUCAUAAUACAGCAACACUGAUUUUACUAAGGUGAAGAUAUACUGAUUUAUCAAGAGACCAUUAUUCUGUAGAGCAGGAACACAAACAGAACUUUCAUAGCUCACCAUUAGGGAAACUGAUUUGCUUAUUCAAUCCUUUGCUAUAUAUUCAUAAAGGCAUCUUGUUCUGAUGAUUCAGAACUAUCAGGACAACCUUUUUAUUCUGGUAAAUUAAGCUUAAAGUUUCUUUGUAUAGUCUGAUGCAAUUGAUAAAUUGAUGCUGUUUAAUUAUUAGAAUUAAAAUGCAUUCAUUUAAUCGUGCAUUAAACAUUUAGGGACAUAUAUCAAACAGUGAAGAUAUAUUUGUAGUAACAGAAUAGUUAUUUUUCAAUCAUAUCUUUGAAUGACACAAAAAGUUAAAAGCAGAAUCAAGUCUGGCAGCCUUAUUUUUGUGUAGGACUUAAAAUAAACCUCAAGAGUUAUGGCUAUUAACAAGGGAUUUGUGGUUUCCAGGUUGUAUAAUAAACUGGAUCCAGGUGAGCAGAGUGGGAGUACUGCCAGAAGCUGAGGGCACUAGGUGGAAAUGACAAAGGGCUGAAGAUGAUGACUUUGUACAGGCACAGGGGACUUUGUGUGGGCGUAAGGGACUAGCUUAUUUGGUUUGGCACAACACUGCGGGUGAAGGGCCUGUUCCUGUGCUGUACUGCCCCAUGUUCAAUGAUGCAAUCUGAUAACAAGAGGAAGGUGCGGCUUGAAUCAAGGGAAUGAGGUGAGGACAGUCAAGUGGAGUCAAAGGAGAUUGGAGAAGCGGCAGAUGGAGAGUGUGGAUCAUAGUGAUUGAGGUUGAGUAGAUCAGGAGGAGAGAGAAAGGAGACAGAAGAUGAGUAGUUUAUUUGGAGGUUAGGAUGAUAGCUUGAUUUUCAUUUAAUAACAAAUGGUUGCUAGUGACCUUGUUUAAACAUGUUAAAAUUCAAUCAAAACAGCUAGGGAAUUGUAUUCAGUCAAUUACAAAAUCAGGAAUAUAACUAGACAUAGUGACUAUGAUUCUAUUAUAAUAAAACAACUACUUCACUGGUCUGUUUAAGGGGAUUUUGGGUAGUGGGUAGUGGCUCCAUAUGUCACUACUACAGGGCGUGACGACCCUGCCUUACACGAGUCCCGGGCUCAGCUGGCUCCGGCUGACAGUACCCGGUAUGGGCCCCUAUCUAGGGUUACGGAUCCCACUGCCUUGUGGGUAUCUUCAGGAGAAGAGAAGGCUAAAGAGUAAACCCUACACAAAUCCAGAGUGGAGCCCCGAAGGUGGUUGGAUGAUGUAUUACGUCACCUCCCGGCAACUCCUGCACCAAAGUUGAUGCCAAAUGUACUGCUUCACAUUCCUUUGGACCACAUCCGCGAGGCCGAGAGGGAGAUCUUGAUGUCUGGGCAGCCCAGGAUCUCCAUAUUCAUUGCCCAGGUCUGCACCCCGGACGGGCACAUCCAUUGUCUACCUAGACAGAUGGAGCCAUGAAUUAAGGGGAUUGGAGGAAAUUACUGGCAAGUACGAUGGCAGAGCAGAGAUAGCUGAAGUUUCUGGAAGUAGUUCACAAGGUGCAGGAUAGAUAUGUCCCACAGAAGAAGUUGUUUACAAAUAGCAGGAGUAGGUAACUGUGGCUGACAAGGGAAGUUAAGGACUGCAUAAAAGCCAAGGAAAGGGCAUAUAAGGUAGCAAAAGUGAGUGGGAGUUAGAUGAUUGGGAAGCUUUUAAAAUCCAAAAAAAGGCAACUAAAAAAACUAUAAGAAGGGAAAAGGUGAACUAUGAGGACAUACCAGCCAAUAAUAUAAAGCAGAAUACCAAAAGCUUUUUUUCAGUUAUAUAAAGAUUAAAAAGGAGGUGAGAGUUGAUAUUGAACCAUUGGAAAAUGAUGCUGGUGAGGUGGUAAUGGGGACAAAGAAAUGGCAGAUGAACUAAAUAGGUACUUUGUAUCUGUCUUCACUGUGGAAAACACUAGCAGAUUGCCAGAGGUCCGUGAGUGUCAGGGAGUGAGAGUGAGUGCCAUUGCUAUUACAAAGGAAAAAGUGUGAGGCAAACUCAAAAGUCUUAAAGGUGGAUAAGUCAGCUGGACCAGAUGGACUAUGUUUUCUAUGUUUCUAUGACUACAUCCCAGAGUACUGAGAGAGGUUGCUGAAGAGAUAAUGUAUGCAUUGGUCAUGAUCUUUCAAGAAUCACUUGAUUCUGGUAUGGUCUCAGAGGACUGGAAUAUUGCAAAUGUCAGUCCACUAUUUAAGAAGGGAGGAAGGCAAAAGAAAGGAAAUUAUAGGCCAGUUAGCCUAACCUCAGUGGUUGGGAAAGUGUUGAUUAUCAAGGAUGAGGUUUUGGGUUACUAAGAGACUAAUAAUAAAAUAAGUCAAAGUCAGCAUGGUUUCUGUAAAGGAAAAUCUUGCCUGACAAAUCUGUUAGAAUUCUUCGAGGAAUUAACAAGCAGGGUGAAUAAAAGAGAGACAGAGGAUGUCAUUUACUUGGAUUUUCAGAAGGCAUUUGAUUAGGUGCCACACAUAAGGCUGCUUAACAAGAUAAAGUCCUAUGGUGUUACAGGAAAAAUACUGGCAUGGAUAGAGGAAUAGCUGACAGGCAGGAGGCAGCGAGUGGGAAUAAAAGGGGCCUUUUCUGGUUGGCUGCCGGUGACUAGUGGUGUUCCUCACAGGUAAAUAUUGGGACCGCCACUUUUCACAUUGUUUGUCAGUGAUUUGGAUAAUAGAAUUAAUGGUUUUGUGGCAAAGUUUGUGGAUGAUACGAAGAUAGGUGGAGGGGUAGGUAGUGCUGAGGAAGCAAUGUGAUUGCAGCAGGACUUAGACAAAUUGGAAGAAUGGGCAAAAAAUGGCAGAUGGAAUACAGUGUUGGGAAAUGUAUGAUAAUGCAUUUUGGUAAAAGGAUCAAUAGUGUGGAUUAUUAUCUAAGUGGGGAGAAGGUUCAAAUGUCAGAGGUGCAAAGGGACUUAGGAGUCCUUGUGCAAGAAUCCCAGAAGGUUAAUUUACAAGUUGAGUCUGUGGUAAAGAAGGCAAAUGCAAUGUUGCCAUUUAUUUCAGGGGGAGUAGAAUAUAAAAGCAAGGACAUAAUACUGACCCUUUAUAAGACACUAUUUAUGCUGUACUUGGAGUAUUGUCAACAGUUUUGGGCCCCAUAUCUCCGAAAGGAUGUGUUGGUCGUCGGAAUCCAGAGGAGGUUCAAGAGGAUGAGUCCGGGAAUAAACUGGGUUAACAUAUGAGGAGCAUUUGGCAGAUUUGGGUCUGUACUCACUGGAACUUAGAAGAAUGGGGGUCGGGGGGUAUCUCAUUGAAACCUACUGAAUGUUGAAAGGACUAGAUAGAGUGGAUGUGGAGAGAACGUUUCCCAUGCCGUGGUAUCCACAACUAGAGGGCACAGCCUCAAACUUGAGGGAUGAUCUUUUAGAACAGAGGUAAGGAGGAAUUUUUUUUUAUAGCCAGAGAAUAGUGAAUCUGUGGAAUGCUCCGCCACAGACUUAAGGUGGAAUAUUUAAGGUGGGGAAGUUUCCUGAUCAGUCAGGGCAUCAAAGGAUAUGGCGAGAAAGCAGGUGUAUGGGGUUGAGUGGGAUCCAGGAUCAGUCAUGAUGGAGUGGCGGAGCAGACUUGAUGGGCUGAAUGGCCUAAUUCUGCUCCUAUGUCUUAUGGUCUACCUUAUGUUGCUUGAGUGUUAAUCCAGACCACUGCAAAAUCUUAUCAGCCCCUUGGAAGUGGCCUCACUACCCACUCACUUAUACCAAACCAUAGCACCCAUAACAAAAUCAGAUCAAUCAACAUCAGUAACGAGUAGCUUCACUACUGGUUGAGUACUUCUUCUAUAAAUGGGUGAUUUGUCCCAUAAGUAACACCCACAAAAUGUUAGGGGUACUCGGAGUUCCUCCAGCAUUUUGUGUGUGUUACUCUGGAUUUUCAAAUUCUGCAGAAUCUCUUGUGUUUAUAAUUUGUCCCAUGGAUCAGUUAAACCAAAUAAAGCAUUUUAUUUUCACUUUUUAAACCUGGAACAGAAAACAAUGCAGCACAGGAAUGGAAACUCAGGUUCACAAUGUAGUGCCUAACAAAUUUACUAGUAAUUAAAAGCCAACUAAACUGAUAUGUCCUGCCUACUAAGCUAGGCCUUUAAUUACUAGUUAACUAGAAAUUAAAGUCCAUAUGCCUCCAUCUCUUCAUAUGCACAUGCUGAGCUAAGAGCCUCUUAAAAGCCUCUCUUGUAUUUAUCUGCACUACCACUUCUGCCAGUGCACUCCAGACUCCAUCACUCUGUGUAAAAUACUUGUCCUGCACGUUUUCUUUGAAUUUACCCCCCUCACCUUAAUAACAUGCACUCUAGUAUUAGACAUAGAAACAUAGAAAACCUACAGCACAAUACAGGCCCUUCAGCCCACAAAGCUGUGCCAAACAUGUUCUUACCUUAGAAUUACUUAAAGUUACCCAUAACCCUCUGUUUUUCUGAGCUCCAUGUACCUGUCCAGCAGUCUCUUAAAAGACCCUAUCGUAUUCGCCUCCAUCACCAUCACUGACAGCCCAUUCCACGCACUCACCACUCUCUGCGUAAAAAAACUUACCCCUGUCAUCUCCUCUGUACCUACUUCCAAGUACCUUAAAACUAUGCCCUCUCGUUGCUAGCCAUUUCAGCCCUGGGAGAAAGCCUCUGAUUAUCCACACGAUCAAUACCUCUCAUCAUCUUAUACACCUCUAUUAGGUCACCUCACAUCCUCCGUCACUCCAAGGAAAAAAGGCCGAGUUCACUCAACCUAUUCUCAUAAGAAAUGCUCCCCAAUCCAGGCAACAUCCUUGUAAAUCUCCUCUGCACAAGGUAGAAGGAGAUGAGUUAUCAACUUCAAACUUUCUGCAUUUUCAAUUAAAGAGUUGAACUGCACGUGCAUGUAACAAGAGCGGUAUAACUUAUCUCCUUCUACCCAAGGCCACAAACUUAUCAAUCACCCCUGCUGUGGACCACCUGGAGGUCCAAGACGCUCUCGUUACAUGCACGUGCAGUUUAACUCUGAGUGAUAAUGCAGAAAGUUUGAAGUUUAUAACUCAUCUCCUUCUACCUUAGGCCACAAACUUAUCAAUCACCCCUGCUGUGGACCACUUCUACAAGGAAGGGAUCCGUAUGCUCCACGACUGCUGGACUAAGUGUGUACAUGUAGGAGGGGACUAUGUUGAAAAAUAAAUGUGCUAUGUUUUUAAAAUGGACUCCUUCUACCUGAGGCCACAAACUUAUCAAUCACCCUUCAUAAGUCAUUCCUACAAUCGCCAAGAUCCUUUUCCAUAGUGAAUACUGAAGCAAAGUACUCAUUAAGUACCUCUGCUAUCUCGUCUGGUUUCAUACACACUUUUCCACUGUCACAGUUGAUUGGUCCUAUUCUCUCAUGUCUUAUCCUCUUGCUGUUCACAUACUUGUAGAAUGCCUUGGGGGUUUUUCUUAAUACUGUCUGUCAUUUCAAUCUCAGGAUAGAGAAUCCAAUUGUCUGUCUAUGCCUCUCAUAAUCUUACAAAUUCCUAUCCAGUCUUCCCUAAGCUUCCACCACUGCAGAGAAAACAACCAACCUUGUAAUACAUGCCCUCUAAUCCAGGCAGUAUCCAGGUAAACCUCUUCUGUACACUCUUCAGGGUCUCCACAUUCUUCCUAUAAUGGGACAACCAGAAUGAAAAAAAAAACUCUAGAUGCAGAGUUUUAUAAAGCUGCAAUGUAACUUCCUGACUCUUGAACUCAAUGUCUCAAUUAAUAGAAGCAAGUAUGCUACUGCCAUAGUUCCUACCCUAUCAACUUGUACAGUCACUUUCAGGGAGCUUGGAAUAUGAAUCCCAUUAACACUGAACAUCAGCACUAUCAAGGGCUCUGCCAUUAAGUGUAUACUGUCAUUUAUACUUGAUCUCCCGAAAUGAGCUGCAUCUGCCAUUUCUCUGACCACAUCUGUAACUGAUCUAUAGCCUAAUGUAUCCAUUGAAAAUCUUCUAAACAGCAAUCCCUGUGGGACGAUACUAGUCAUGGACCACUACCCUCUACCUUCUAUGGGAAAGACAAUUCCAAAUCACCAUGGACCCCAUGCAUCUCAAACUUCCAGAUGAGCCUAGCUGUCAAAUGCCUUACUAAAAUACAUGUAGACAACAUCCAAAGCUUUACCCUUUUCAAUCACCUCUAAUCCAGCCAGCAUCCUGGUAAACUUCUCAAUCCAGUUAGUAAGACAUGUCUUGCCCCAUGGAAUUCUGGGCAAAUGUUUCAAGGAGAUUAUUAUUACUAAUUGCCACACUGACGAGCUGCAACAGCUAUUUUACUGUGCAGCUUUCUGAUACGGAUUUAUAUUAGGAUUAACAUUUCUGCAUAGUAAACUUCUUACAGAUUUCAAAGGAUAUCCUUAAUGACUCUUAGAAGAGCAACUGAAAAGUUGUGAACAGUUUAUUGAUGAGACUUGGCAGAAUUCCAUCACAAUAUGGAUAACCUUUGACAUGAUUUAUAAAUAAAGCACAUAUUUUGUUAUGGAGGGAGGCUAUUCAUCUCACUGAGUCCAUCCAGCUUCCAAGGCAACCCCCAUCAAUCAUACACUCCCACUUAGUUCCCUGUAAACUAUUCUCUCAUCUGUCCAUUGGCUCUCCCUAUUCCUUUACCAUUCAAAUACACCAGGAAUAAAUUACCAUGCCCAAUUAAUUUACCAGCUAGCCAGCUGAUUGGUGUAGGUUAAUUGGCCGUUAACAGCCUACUCUGUUGUUGGUGAGAUCUACGAACACAGAUAGAAGUAAGUACUGGAUAAAUAGCAUGUUCCUUUUUUAUGGAAUUAUAUAAUAUAGCAAGGCUUAAAAAUACUUGGAUUAUUCACUGGAAUAUUGAAUAGCAUUUAGGCCAUCACAUAGCAAUGUGGCAUUCAGAUUUCCCCUACAUAACACAAUUAUCAAGGACGAUGACGAGACGGAGUAUAGAGAGGAAGUGGAGCAGCUGGUGGAUUGGUGUGAGAAGAACAACCUAAGACUGAACGUGGAGAAGACAAAGGAAAUCGUUGUGUACUUCAGGAAGGUGCAGACAAAUUACUCCCUUCUGUGAAUACUUGGCUCCUCUGUAGAGAAAGUUAAAUGCACCAAGUUCCUGGGAGUUCACAUCACGGAUGACCUCACCUGAUCCCUUAAUAUCACCUCCCUGAGGAAGAAGGCACAGCAGUGCCUGUACUUUCUAAGAAGAUUGAGGCAAACAAGGCUCCCACCCUCCCCCUCCCCCACC